GUCAACGCCGUCGUCGUCGUCGUCGGAGGGUCCUUAGCAAAGUCCCGUACGGUCAUGAGCGAGCCUUUUUUCUCUCCAACAAGGUGCAUUUGACACAUUGUCGGUGUAGAGAUAGCCUGCACGGAUGCCGUCCUGCGCCGUCUCCUGGCAGAGACCUGCGACCGCGAGAAAUCAGAGAGAACGAGCCUUUGUCCAGUGCAAGUGUCCGGUGACGCGUCGCCGCGUCCUGAAAACCCUGGCUCUCUUCAACGAACGAAAACGACGAACAAAAGAUGGCCACCUCAGCGCUGGUCGAAUGGUGAAAAUUUUGUGCAUUUUUCAAGAAAUUUUGAACUUAUGUUAGCAGUAAUACCCCAAAAGGUACCCGUGAAGCUCACUUUAACGGAAUAUUUCAAAAUUGUGUGCUCAAUCCGAAGAAUUUGAUCAGAAAAGAAGCAAAUUAGGCAUCUGCAAUAACGAAAAUUCAAGUGCUCAGUGUAAAACGUUGUUUAAUGCGUUGCAUUUAUUUUAUAAGAAAAAUUAACAACUUCAGAAGACUGUGAUGAAUUUUCAAAGUGCUCAAAAAUUAAUAAUUGCGAAGGAGCUUCUGUGAGGAAUUCAGUGACGCGCAAUAGGAAUUUCCAGCGCUUGGAAUAGAAACGGAUAAACGAAGUGCCGUAAUCGACGCCAUAUCCCCCUUACUGAGACCCAUUUUUUUCGAUUGUUGACUGACUUUAGAGUCCAACAAAGUACGGAACGGAUUCAGAACACUCAACCGAUCGCAGGAUGACGCAAUUGGAAGAUGAUGUCCUGUUAAACAAUUUGCUCAAGUUUCCCGGGACGAUCAUUAUCUAUAACAAUGACCUGAAUACCUACAAUUAUGUCCUGAAUGGUCACAAUUCCAUUCCGCUAGCCACCACAGGCAGUACGGCUCUAGCAGACGAAUCAUUCGACCUAAAUGGCACGGUUUCGAUCAAUGUGGAAACCGUUCCUCCGGAGCUGCCACUUGGAUCGCCAACUACAUCGACAUCAAAUGAAUCCGUCCAGAACAGUCAGGAGGACACCUGCAGUGCCAUCAGUAGCAACAGCAGCGAACACCUAACCGAAUCAGUGGCGAACACCUCCGGUAGCAUUCACGAGGCGGACUAUGAGGUAGAUGAAAUGGAGGCCGAAGAUGAUUCCGAACCAGAGCUCACAAAUCUGUCCUGGCUGACGGAGCUUAAAAAUAUUACCAAUCUAACGCCCUCGGAUAUACCCCUGACGGAUCUUCCGACUGCUCGCUUUAACAAGUUUAUCGCGCAGGUUCGAAGAAGUCGGGAGUCCUACGACAAGCGAAAGGAACAAUACACAUCCCUGCUAAACUCGGAAGAAAAACCUCCGUUCAACUACGCCCAAAUUAUCGCUAUGGCAAUGCUGGACGAGGGUCGGAUGACAUUAAAACAAAUCUGCAAGUGGAUUCAGGAGAAAUUCUCCUACUACAAAGUUCAUAAAAAUUGGAAUAAUUCCAUACGACACAACUUAUCAUUGAGCUUCUACUUCACCAAAGUAUCUCGAGCCAAAGAUGAGAAAGGUAAGGGAGGGUAUUGGGAGCUUUCAAUGGACGUGGCCAAAAGCGAGAAAAAGCGAAUACGUGUGAGGCAACGCAAUCGGGGAAAAGGGUCUGGUCCGUCCAGCCGUAGCCGUAAUCGGUUCCGCCGGGAUAACACCAAUAAUAACAACAACAGUGAAUCGACAGUCAACAAUAACCUAGCUCCGGAAGAAGAUGAUUCAUCAUCGAAGCUCCACGAUGGAAACAACAACCAUUGCAGUCCACAAAUAGGCCACACAAUUACCAGUGCCGAAAUGACGACCGUGGAAGAUGAUACAAUGCAAAAUGUAAACUGCAUCAAUACCGCCGUAAGUGAUGUUGUGAGUCCCACGGAAAAUCAACCAUCUAAUUCAAACGAAACACCAUCGAUCGAAAUCCUCGAGCAACAACUGAUCAAAACUAGCGCUCUGGUGGAAAACUGUACCAUCAACUUCGACUCAAUCAUCAAUGCUGAAACGGGCAACGGGAUUUUUACGAAUUUAAACGUAGAUGAGAUCUUCUCGGGUAGUGAAAUUCCACAACCUGCUAACGACGACAUCAUUGUACCAUUUUUCGGCACCAGUGCCCAGCAGGCCGCCCAAACUGGUCCGAACGUGAUCGUCGAAACCAUUCCCUAUUUCCUGCCCGAUAUGGGCAACUUUGACGAGCAGGAUUUUGGCAACCUGAUCAACAUCAACGAACAGGAAAUAAGCGACGAAUUUCUCAACGAGCAUGGAUUUUUGUAAGCUGUUCUUGAGUCGUGUUUUUUUUCUCGAUAAUACUCCGUAAAAGUCCAAUAACUACUAUACCGUACUGUUGGUGCCUUUCUCAACCAGUGUUUAUUCCGUCCGAUUAGAACCAUACAGGAGCGUUGGUUAAAAGAAGUGUCUAGUCCAUAGCGAAAUAGGAACUACAAGUAGUAAGGAUAGCUAUAAGAACAUAAGCCAUAGUAACAUAUCUUGUAUCUGGAGAAGAGAGUGAUUACACUGUACGAUAAAAAAGCUCAUAAAUCAAAAGUUUUUUAGAAAGAUGCGAAGUUCUCGUUCAUCAAACGUGUUGUAUUUGGAAAAAUAAAUGGUGGACUAACAUUGUAGCUCAAAAAUGUACUAAUACAUUGAUCGUCAAUCAUACAUUAACUCCUUACAGGUUACGAGUACGAUACAAAAAUUCCAUGUUUUUAUCGUACAGUGUAAGUGAAACUGUGAGGAAGAACUAGAAGUCUGAGGAGCAAAAAAAAACAUUUUUUUCUAAACUGUUACAUUAGUAUUCGUAGAGUUAACUGGUCAAAUGCCUUCAAAAUGCCUAGUGAUAUCAAAACCGGCACAAAUAAAUUAUCCCUGCACAAAAUCCUAACUGAAAACACUUGUUUUAUUGUAUUAGUUUAAAUCUAUGUGUACUGCAGUUUAAGCUAGCUCGAUUAAUACUAACUGACGCACGAGGUUUCGAAAGUGUUCUGAACGAACGAACGCAUUACAUCAUUGACAAAAAACUUUUAUUGACACAUAUACGCCCUUUUGAAAAUUCACAAUUGGGGUCGAAACACCUGUGGGAAAGUCGUGUGCCUUCUUGUCGAAAACAAAUACUAUGUAAUCAAAAUUAAACAUGUUCAACAAUUCAACAAUAUCAGGUCAGUUUCCCGUAGAGUUGUACU